UGCGGUCUCACAAGUUCCAAAAGACCCAGCUAGAUUGCCUACUAAGAGUGUGGGUUCCUUAUCGCUCUUUCCCUCUAGCACGACCUUUCGGACCAUGUCAAGUAUUUGCAUCUUGAAUGUUGGAUUAUAUCGGACAGGCUCGUGUACCCUUGCCAAUGCUGCCGACAAGGUUGGUUUUAAGGUUUUUCGAACAUUCCCCACCUUGUCUUCGGAAACGUUGAAGCUCAUGCUGUUGGAUCCAUCGGUUGCUGUCCAAACCUGGUGGCUACAAGAAGGAAAGGACGCCCUACGCGACUGGCUCACUGGCGGAUACAACUUUAUUUGUGAUGGUUGGAUUGCCUUACUGCCCUUCCUUUCGGAUCACGAAUUGCUUGCUCUGCUAUCCUUUGCUGAGGAACAUGGUGUACGAAUUGUUUUUGUAGCAACGCAACGAGAUAAGCAAGCGCUGGUACAGUCGGAACUUCAGCAUUGGGUUGUUUGCGAUCUAGAACGGCGCGUGAAUCUUUCAAUGCGCGAACGCUGCAACCUUUCUGAAGCUCUCGGACUCCGCUGGGAGAAUCAUCAAAGAGCGGUACGACGAUUUAAGUACGGUGUUGGUAUUCUACCAGAAAUGCUCAAAAGGAAUGAACCCGUCUUUGAAUCUCAAGUGGAAGGACGCCUUGGCGAGGGCUGGACUUCGCAACAAAAAUCCCGAGCUACCGGUGCAAGGAAUUUUACUAACUCCUAUUGUGAGACGGCCAAAACUCUGCAAUGUUGGAUACGUAAGAAUUCGCGAGCGACUCAUUUCGAGAUGCUCACCAACGAUCCUGUUUCUGUCGACUCCUCGUUUCCUAUCUGUCGCGCAUGGAAUAAGAUGGCCAUGGUCGCUUAUGAAAAAGGUGCUGACUGGGUGGUCCUGUUGGGCGACGACAUUGACAUCCGAACCGGAGAGUUUCAUUACCGUGCAUUUUACAGGGCUUUUCUAGAUAUUGCGGAUCGAUUGGGUUGUGACUUCGGAUUUGGAUGUCCGUGGUGGGACGACGUGAGCUUUCCAGGCUUUCCGACGUUCCCUGCAGUCGGCAAAGCGCACUUUGCAUGCUUUGGCGGUCUCAUCCCUGAUCAUCGUAAGAAUGGGUUUAUCAACCAAGAUUUAGAUCCAUAUCUUCAACGUCUCUAUCUCAAGUUUGGUGCUGCACCUCGCGUGGAAGGGGCAAUCUUGAGCAAUCAGCGUGGUGGCAACAACACGAAUCCUGCACGAUAUGACCGUAUUCCAGCGAACGGAUGGCGUGACUGGGUACUUCUUGAUGUGGAUCCGAUACGGCAACAUUUGGAUAUGCAUCUUUCACCUACAGUCAAGCGCGUUGAGUAUUUCCUUGUGGAUGUUAUCGUUCCUUCGUAUCGAAUCGAUGUGCCGAUCUUGCAAGGGUUAUGUGAUUUAGUUGUUCCAAGUCGAAUGCGUAGCUCGUUAAUCAUCAUUGUGGACAAUCCAAUUAAACUUUGUAAAAUGAUGAAAACUCACUGCCCUCGGACUGCAGCUCUGAAGCUUGAAUCCCUGCUUACGAAGCAAACAUCACACAAAUCAGAUGGUCGCCUAGGCAACAACGUUCGUGUUCGGUGCCACACCACGAACCUCGGCGCAUCUGCUGCUCGCAACUACGGAAUCAGAGAGAGUGCUGCGGAGUUUGUCCUUUUUCUUGACGAUGAUGUGAGGCCGGGUCCACAAGUUUUGUUUGCGUACGAGACUGCGCUGGUAGAAAAGUCGAGCGACUGCGUCGGUCUGAUUGGCUUGGUCCGCUUUCCUCGUCGUCACGAUCUAUCUAAAAUCCACUCUGCUGUGCUCAUGAGCUACUUGACCUUUAUGUUUGAAAUUGCAGCAAAUCCGAUUUACACGAGUCCACAGUGGGGUGUAACGGCAAACAUUCUCUUGAAAAGGCUCCCCGGCAUGCACUUUGAUACCAACUACGCGAAAUCAGGUGGUGGCGAAGACGUGGAUUUUUGCCUUCGAACGCUGGCAGAAUCCAAAGGACAUUUCCUUUCGGUGAAAGAAGCCUUUGUCGACCACGAUUACUGGAAAGGAGGUGUGCUAUCCCUAUUCCGCCAUUUCUUCAACUGGGCAAUCGGCGACGGUCUUCUGUUUAGUCGUUUUCCGCAGCACACAUACUGUUCCUACUGGAACGUUUCGGAAAUUCUGCUCCUCGUCUGGCUGCCGAUCAGUGCUGCUGUUGUAAUCAAUGUUCCGUCGGCUGCUCCUAUUUUACUCUGUGGAGUAUUCGGUAUGGUUGCAGUUGACGCGGCUGUGGACAUGACUAACUUCUGCGAAUUCAAUCAUCGUCGUCGUUUGCUGGGUGACUUUGUUUUCUCAGAAGCGCAUUAUAUGACGGCCCACAUUUUGGCCAACAUAUACGUUGCCGUCUUAGAACUUGGCCGUUUAUGCGGCCAUAUUAAGCGCGGGGAACUGGCCAAACACGUUGGGCGUCGUUUUGACUGGCACUGUGGUCGCCUUCCAAAUAGCCAAGGCCAGGUGGUAAAGAAAGAACGAAUGAAAUUUUGGCUUUUUGUCGCUGUGGCCACUGGCACGCUUUCCAUGAUUUCGUACGGUUCCGUUUAGAACGGAAAUGUUCGAGCGACCAUCGUAGCUCAUUGACUCUUAACGAUCACGUCCCUUCCCGAGGAGAGCUGAUGCAUGAAAAUACAAGUGGAA